AUGAGUAAAAAGCCUGGGAUAGAUAAAAUAAUAUCAUUGGAAAAUGAGAUUGAUAAAGCUUCGCCAUAUUUGGGGUCAGAUGAAAAGUCAUCGACUCAAAGAGAAGCUUAUAAUGUUAAGACUGUGAAACAAGAGAUAGCAGUUAAGCCCUGGGUUCACUUUGUUGCAGGUGGAUUGGGUGGUAUGUGUGGUGCUAUUUUUACUUGUCCCUUUGAUGUAGUGAAAACUAGAUUACAAAGUUCCGUUUAUCAAGAGCUCUAUAAAUCCAAGGCUAUAAAGCCAUCGGUUUUAACACAUUUUAAGGAAACUUGUAAUAUAUUGGGUAAUAUCUAUAGAAUAGAAGGUCCAAGAGCAUUAUUUAAGGGUUUGGUGCCCAGCUUAGUUGGUGUUAUACCUGCUAGGUCCAUCAAUUUCUUCACUUAUGGAUAUUCAAAAGACUUACUAAGAGAGUACUAUUUCAAUGGACAAGAAACUUCUUUAUUGCACUUACUCUCCGGUAUAACUGCUGGGUUUGUCACAAGUACCGCCACAAACCCAAUCUGGUUGAUCAAAACAAGGUUACAGUUGGACCGAGCAACUACGAAACAGUAUAAAGGUUCGAUCGACUGUAUCAGAAAGGUUGUGAAAAAUGAAGGUUUCUUUUCACUUUAUAAGGGACUAAGUGCUUCUUAUUUGGGUAGUGCAGAAUCAACGCUCCAAUGGGUCUUAUAUGAACAAAUGAAAGCUAUGAUUAAUUAUAGAAGUCAGCGUCUAGAAAAGGAAGGACAUGUAAGAACAAAUCUGGAUGUUUCGAUUGACUGGUUUGCUAGAUCAGGUGCUGCGGGAUUUGCUAAACUUAUUGCUUCACUGUUAACAUACCCUCAUGAGGUGGUACGUACAAGAUUAAGACAAGCACCUCUUACUGAAAAUGGUAAGGCUAAAUACACUGGCUUAAUUCAAUGUUUCAGAUUAGUUAUUAAAGAAGAAGGUUUGGCAUCAAUGUAUGGUGGCUUAACUCCUCAUUUGAUGAGAACAGUUCCUAAUAGUAUGAUUAUGUUUGGCACCUGGGAAAUAUUUACACUUUUACUUUCCAAAUUCUAA